ACGACUGAGUCAUAGUUGAUGUAGUGAGAUAGAGAGGUUUAAGUGUAGAAGAAUAGAAUAGAAUUCAACCAUAUUGUCAUUAGACUGUCACAAGUACAAAGCAAUGAAAUGUAGUUUGCAUCUAUCCAGAAGUGCUAUACAGGAUCUACAUUUUUAUUUACAUGUGCACAGAGACUAUGUAUGUAUUGACUAUAAAUGGUAUAUAUAAACAGAGAGUUUAUAAAAUAAAUAAAUAUGAAAACUAUAAACAGGUAAUACAGGAAUAAUGACAGAUAAUAGCAGAUAAAAGAUUUAAAGAUUAUAUACAGCUAUGGUUGAUACUUGAUUUAAUAACAAGGGUGAGAACCAGGAACUAAGCAGAUGUCUAAACAGUAAGGAAGCAUAUAUCUAGAAAUGAUCCCUAAGCUAAACUUUAACAGAAACUAAAACACAAACCUAAAACAGAAUAACAAAUGUCCCUUUUCAUAUCAUUAAUUCCCACAGAUCUUUAUACUAGGAUGACAUCUUGCAUUUUUAACAGAAUCUGGCUUCAGCUAAUAUAACCCUAGUGUUGAGAGUAAGAGAGAGAAUCAAACACAAACAAACCAAUCAAUCCCACAGCAACAUUAGGUAACUCUAACGUCCUGCCAGAACCAAUGCUGUGAAAACUGCAGGCUAAUUUUGGAGCAGGGUUGAGUGCUUCCCAAUAAAUCAUCCAGCUGUUCGUGCCUUUCAGCGAGAUGAUGAAGGGGCAGUGGGUUGUGGCAGCAGGGGCAGCGCAGGCGUCUGCUCAGAGUCGGACUCUGAGCAGAGGAAGAAUGUCGAGGAACGGCCAGCGUCAGAAUCUGGUGGUCAUUAAGGAACUUGAGCUGAUCUUGGACUCCUGCAAACUGGAGCUCACACCUGUGGAUGAAGUCUGGCCCAACUUGUACAUAGGAAAUGUGGCUGUUGCACAGAACAAAAACACAUUAUGUAAGUUCAGCAUCACUCAUGUUUUGAACGCAGCCCACUCCAAACAGGGCAGCAUCGGUGACCAGGGCUUUUAUGGGAACAUGUGCGUUUACUUUGGCAUCCCUGCAGAAGACUCAGAUCACUUUGACCUCAGCCAAUACUUUAAAUCUGCUGCAGACUUCAUUCAUAAAGGCCUGAAGAGCAAAGAUGGGAAAGUGUUGGUUCAUUGUAUUAUGGGUGUGAGUAGAUCAGCCACAUUAGUCCUGUCCUACCUCAUGUUAAAGCACAAUUUUUCACUUAGAGAUGCCCUGAGGCAUAUUGUCAAAAAACGGGCCAUUUAUCCCAACCGGAACUUCCUGACUCUCCUCCUGAAGCUGGACGAAGAGUUGACCCGAAAAAGGAUGCUGUGCCCUGUUCUCUGACAUAACUAUCUCCCUGCUUUGUCCUUGGCAUGUAUCAUACUCCAUUUUGAUCACAUGGGCAGCAGCUGUAAAUAGCACAUUUAUGUAACCCCAAAGAAUACAUUCUUAAAGGAUUUUUGUUUCACUUUUUUAAUUUCAUAAAUGUGUCUAUUUCUGAAAAUUAUAUUAGUUUUUAAUUUCUACAUCCUAAAACAGUUUAUGGGAUAACAGCUAAUGACAGUUAAACAAUAUAGUUUUAUCUUUAUGUACAUAAAGCUUAAUAAUUAGACUCCAAAAUUAAAGGAGCUCACAUUGGUUCUGGAAAGGACAGAUUAAUAAACCUGAAAAUGUUCUGUGUGCUCUACUUUUCGUAGUGGACCAAACGCUGCUUUAAUUUGUAUUGUCAUUAGAUUG